AUGGAUGAGGACGACACAAAUGUGGAACCAAUGUUCGAUUAUCACGGCUUCGACGAAGGGUAUAACAUUGACUCACUCGAAGACAUUGUGAUGAUUGAAUUUUGGAACAUCAGGGACGAAUAUGUAUGUCAUUUUCACUUUUCUGAUGUCAACAUUACAUUUGAGUUCUACAAUAGAUAUGCAAGGCCAAGAGGCUUUAGUGCUCGGAAGAACAGGACUAGGAAGAGUCGUGCGAGCGUACUUAAGUUGAAGAAUUUUGUAUGUCAUCGUGAAGGAUUUAGACCACAAAAUAAUAAUGGCAUUGGAAACUUUAAGAAAAAACCUACACCAGAGACAAGGUGUGGCUACAGUGCAAUGAUGGAGAUUCGUCUAGAUGCACCUAGUGAUCGUUGGUUUAUUUCUUAUUUUUCUGAUGAACACAGUCAUCCGCUUCUGGAUCCUCGGUUGACUGGAUUGUUUCGUGGGCAUAGAUUCAUGUCCGAGGCUGAUAUUGGCCACAUGAUUAACAUGGAAAAGGGUGAGAUUAGUGUUGGACAGAUAUAUCGAACAUUAGCAAAUUAG